GAGGGGUUCUAUGGAGCUCCAUGCAAGUGUCGGGGUUAUGACAUGGCUUGACCACGUUUAACAAACCACCAAAACCAACAUCAUCAUCAACAUCACGAGCUCAACCUUAGGUUGGUGCAGGUCCGAAUACAGAGCUCACAUAUUCAACGCUUAUCACCCGUUACUACCGAUAAGAUACACUUCGAUUCCUAAGAUGGCCUCCCUAAUGCUCAGCAUCUUCGUUGUCGAAGUUGUUGUUAACCUCGUCAAUACCAUUGGAGCCGCCGCAAUCAAUAACUUGCUCUGGACAAUAAUAAACUUCCUCCCCGUAUCGACAGCAAAGGCUGCCGGCGAGCAACGCAAGCUCCAGGCCGAUUAUCUCAAGGUCCGACGAGAUCUGAACUCCACGAGUAGUCAGGAUGAAUUUGCCAAGUGGGCAAAGCUCCGUCGUCAGCACGACAAGCUUCUCGAACAGCUAGAGAAGACCAAGAAAACCAACGAGGCAGCACGAUCCAACUUUGACAAGAUCCUCACCGUUCUCCGAAUCGUCGUUACACGCGCUCCGCAAUACUUCCUGCCUUUCUGGUACGCUACCGAGCCCAUGUUCUGGCUUCCUUACGGCUGGUUCCCUUACUGGGCAGAAUGGAUCCUGUCUUUCCCUCGCGCCCCCAUCGGAAGCGUGAGCAUCGCCUCGUGGCAGUUGGCAUGCACAGGAGUUAUCGCGCUUUUCAGCGACUUGAUCGUGGGUAUCGCUGGUCUGCUCCUCAACGCGAAGCAGGCCAAGGAAGCACCCGUCGCAGCCCAGAAGGUCGCUGCGGAGGAGAAGAAGAAGUCAUAGGCAAACCGCAUUGAUAGAUGUAGCUAGUUCGCGCACAUAGUAAAAACAUGCAUAUUUACAAGCAAAGCUUGACUACGAUUGGGGAGAUGUAUCUCU